CGAGAGGAUAAGUUGAGGGAACAUGGCGAAUUUGAUAAAGAACAAAGGCUCCCUUCAGUUUGAGGACAAAUGGGAUCUGAUGCGUCCCGUUGUGCUGAAGCUCCUCCGGCAGGAGUCGGUCACCAAACAGCAGUGGUUCGACCUCUUCUCAGACGUCCAUGCUGUGUGUCUGUGGGAUGACAAAGGCCCAGCAAAGAUCCACCAGGCCCUCAAAGAGGACAUCCUAGAUUUCAUCAAACAAGCACAAGCUCGGGUGCUGAGUCAUCAGGAUGACACAGCAUUGCUGAAGGCCUACAUCAUUGAGUGGAGGAAGUUCUUCACACAGUGCGACAUCUUGCCCAAACCUUUCUGCCAGCUGGAAAUAACGCUGAUGGGCAAACAAGGAAGCAACAAGAAGUCCAACGUGGAGGACAGCAUCGUCCGCAAGCUGAUGCUCGACACGUGGAACGAGUCCAUUUUCUCCAACAUUAAAAACAGGCUUCAAGACAGCGCCAUGAAGCUCGUCCAUGCCGAGAGGCUCGGAGAGGCUUUUGACUCCCAGUUGGUCAUUGGAGUGCGAGAGUCCUACGUGAAUCUUUGCUCCAACCCUGAUGAUAAGCUGCAGAUCUACAGGGACAACUUUGAGAAAGCAUACAUGGAUUCGACAGAGAGGUUCUACAGAACACAGGCACCCGCCUACCUGCAGCAAAAUGGCGUCCAGAACUACAUGAAAUAUGCCGAUUCAAAACUGAGGGAAGAGGAGAAACGUGCACUACGAUACCUGGAGACGAGACGCGACUGUAACUCUGUACAAGCAUUAAUGGAGUGUUGCGUCAACGCGCUGGUCACGUCGUUCAAGGAGACCAUCUUAGCCGAGUGUCCGGGCAUGAUCAAGCGAAAUGAAACAGAGAGUGAGUACGGCAGGACCGCUCCCACCAAAGGCUCAGCCAGCUCAGAGCUACACCUGAUGUUCUCUCUGAUGGACAAAGUGCCCAGUGGUAUCGAGCCCAUGCUGAAGGACCUGGAGGAGCACAUCAUGAGCGCUGGUCUGGCAGAUAUGGUGGCUUCAGCCGAGACAAUCACAUCCGACUCUGAGAAAUACGUGGAGCAGCUGCUCACCUUGUUUAACCGCUUCAGUCGACUGGUGAAAGAGGCUUUUCAGGACGACCCGCGCUUCCUCACGGCCAGAGACAAAGCAUACAAGGCUGUUGUGAAUGAUGCCACUAUAUUUAAAUUAGAACUUCCUAUGAAGCAGAAAGGGGUUGGUUUGAAAACUCAACCGGAGUCCAAAUGUCCAGAGCUGCUGGCCAACUACUGUGACAUGCUGUUGAGGAAAACACCACUGAGCAAGAAACUCACCUCUGAGGAGAUUGAAGCAAAACUCAAGGAAGUAUUAUUAGUACUGAAAUACGUCCAGAACAAGGACGUGUUCAUGCGCUACCACAAAGCUCACCUGACCCGUCGACUCAUCCUGGACAUUUCAGCCGACAGUGAGAUAGAGGAGAACAUGGUGGAGUGGCUGAGGGAAGUAGGAAUGCCAGCUGACUAUGUCAACAAACUGGCCAGGAUGUUUCAGGACAUCAAGGUUUCAGAGGAUCUCAACCAGUCUUUCAAAGAAAUGCAUAAGCAUAAUAAACUUGCUUUGCCAGCCGACUCUGUCAACAUAAAGAUCUUGAAUGCUGGAGCAUGGUCGAGGAGCAGCGAGAAGGUGUUUGUCUCUCUUCCGACCGAACUGGAGGAUUUGAUACCAGAGGUAGAAGAUUUCUAUAAGAAGAACCACAGUGGCAGGAAACUCCACUGGCAUCACCUCAUGUCCAACGGCAUCAUAACUUUUAAGAAUGAGGUGGGUCAGUAUGACCUGGAGGUGACCACCUUCCAGCUGGCUGUGCUGUUCGCCUGGAACCAGAGGCCGAGGGAGAGAAUCAGCUUUGAGAACCUCAAGCUCGCCACCGAGCUGCCGGACGCAGAACUGCGACGCACUCUCUGGUCUCUGGUUGCGUUUCCCAAACUGAAGCGGCAGGUGUUGUCGUAUGACCCGUCAGUGUCUUCACCCAAAGACUUUGCAGAGGGAACACUAUUCUACGUCAACCAGGAGUUUUCACUUAUAAAAAACUCAAAGGUCCAGAAAAGGGGGAAGAUUAACCUGAUUGGUCGGCUGCAGCUCACCACAGAGCGAAUGAGAGAAGAGGAGAAUGAGGGCAUUGUUCAGCUCAGGAUACUAAGGACACAGGAGGCCAUAAUCCAGAUCAUGAAGAUGAGGAAGCGCAUCAACAACGCCCAGCUGCAGACAGAGCUGGUGGAGAUCCUCAAGAACAUGUUUUUACCACAGAAGAAGAUGAUCAAGGAGCAGAUCGAGUGGUUGAUUGAUCACAAGUACAUAAAGCGGGAUGAGACCGAUAUAAACACCUUCAUCUACAUGGCGUAGCACGACACGACACGCGUGUGUGUAUGUGUGUGGACUGUGGUUUCAGUGGAUCAGGCCUGAUGGACACGAGAGAACUUCCAGGCUUCCCGUCCUCUAUUUAAAAAAAGAUAAAAAAAUAAAUAAAUAAAAAUCACACAAACUUGUGCAGGGAGCAUGAAUUACAGACUGAGAGCUAUUUAAAAAAAAAAAGAAAAGAAGAAGAAAAGGUGGAACUUCCUGCCUUGAAGUUGUACAAAGAGGAAAAGAGGAAUGCAGCGGUUGCAUUGGGAGGCUUCAUCAAGUGUUUGUGACUGUUUUUAGUCGGACAGACUUUCCUUUUGUUGUCCAGAUGACGCUGUUCAUGUUUUUUCUUGAUGCCGUGGUGUAAUGUGGGUCAUCUGGGUCGGCGACGACGCUUGUGUAAGUCUAAAGGCAUGCAGACAGGAAGGAAGUCUACGGAACUAUCUGCAGUUCUAAUCCACGUCCAUCUCAGACCAGACCGCCCAAACUGCGACGGAGCAAAAAAACACAGCGGCACCUCUUCCCUCCAUCCAGGCCCUGACGCUGUCGUCCACUCGAGCAGGAAACCUGGGAGAAGAGACGGAGGUCAGUAUUACACUUGGUAAAUACGACGGUUCAAGUGCAGAGUGUAUGUGACAAGUGAAAUGAUUAAAUAAACAGCACCUUAUUAUAAAAUAACCAAA